GCCGCGCGGCGGAACCUCCCGGCCGCUUCCGCCGGUCGCGGCUGAGUCACUGCGCGCGCCGCCCGCCCGGCCCCGAGCCCCGACCGGCCCCGGCCCGUGUCCCGCGUCCCGUGUCCCGCGUCCCGCGUCCCCGGUCCCGCCGCCGCGAUGCCGCUGGAGAACCUGGAGGAGGAGGGGCUGCCCAAGAACCCCGACCUCCGCAUCGCCCAGCUCCGCUUCCUGCUCAGCCUGCGGCCCCGCGCGCCCGACCCCGCCGCGCGCGACGAGCUGAUGGCGGCGGUGCGGCUGCACAACAUGGCUCCAUACUACGAAGCGCUGUGCAAGUCCCUGGAGUGGCAGAUGGACACGGAUCUGCUGAACAAAAUGAAGAAAGCCAACGAGGAGGAGCUCAAACGUCUCGACAAUGAGUUAGAGGAUGCGGAGAAGAUCUUGGGGGAAAGCGAAAUCCGGGAUGCAAUGAUGGCCAAAGCUGAGUACCUGUGCAGGAUUGGGGACAAGGAGGGAGCUCUGACUGCAUUCCGCAAGACUUACGACAAAACUGUGGCACUGGGGCAUCGUCUGGAUAUCGUGUUCUAUCUCCUAAGGAUUGGCUUGUUUUAUAUGGAUAACGACCUCAUCACACGGAACAUUGAAAAGGCAAAAAGUCUAAUAGAAGAAGGAGGAGACUGGGACAGGAGAAACCGCCUCAAGGUUUACCAGGGCCUUUACUGUGUAGCAAUUCGAGACUUCAAACAAGCAGCAGAGCUGUUCCUUGACACAGUUUCGACGUUCACAUCCUAUGAACUGAUGGAUUACAAAACGUUUGUAACAUACACUGUCUAUGUCAGCAUGAUUGCCUUGGACAGGCCUGACCUUCGGGAGAAGGUUAUUAAAGGAGCAGAGAUCCUGGAAGCCUUGCACAGUUUGCCCGCUGUACGACAAUAUCUCUUCUCCCUUUACGAAUGCCGUUACGCAGCCUUCUUCCAGUCACUAGCUAUUGUAGAGCAAGAGAUGAAGAAAGACUGGCUGUUUGCACCUCACUAUCGAUACUAUGUGCGGGAAAUGAGAAUCCACGCGUACAGCCAGCUCCUGGAGUCUUACCGGUCAUUGACGUUAGGAUACAUGGCAGAAGCCUUUGGAGUCAGUGUAGAAUUCAUAGAUCAGGAGCUUUCAAGAUUUAUUGCAGCUGGGCGAUUGCACUGCAAAAUAGACAAAGUAAAUGAGAUUGUAGAAACUAACAGGCCCGAUAGCAAGAAUUGGCAGUACCAAGAAACCAUCAAGAAAGGAGAUUUGCUGCUAAACAGAAUUCAGAAACUUUCCAGAGUAAUUAAUAUGUAAUUUUUUUAAUGCAAGGGAAUGCAAGAUUUAGAUGUUUAAAACAUUUUGGAAGUAACCUAUAAAUAUAUUGUAUAACUUGGUAUACUGUAGGGAAAAAAAUAACUAGCAGGAGAGGUAGUGUUUUUACUUUCCACUUCAUUAUGUACACACUGUUCUGUUCGGGUGUACGGAACCCAGUUCAUUUAUUAAAUGUAUUAUACCAUUGGUGAUCUCUUGUAA